AAAUUUAGUUAUGGAUAAAGUGGGAGGAGGCAGGAGAAUGACCCGCGUGUGACAAAGUUGAAUGUUCAUCGUGAUCCAAAAAGGAAAAAGACAACCGUUAUUAAACCCUUUCUUCCUUCAUAUACACAGUAGUAAGUAGUAACAAACACCUUCAUUAUUCAAAUGGCAAUGGCAACUCACUUCAACUUCCACACAAACCUUCUCCGUCUUUCUUCUUAUUCCUCAUCUCACCCUUCUCAAUUCUCCUCAAAGACCAAAUUACCCUCCACAACAUUCUUGACAGGAGGAUCCACAUCUCAAUUGCUCAAAUUCAAGCAUGCCACCGCAACAACAACCACCAAACGCCGCGGUACCGCUUCAAUCUCCAUGUCAUGGGAUGGUCCACUCUCUUCCGUCAAAUUAAUCAUCCAGGGUAGAAAUAUGGAGCUGAGUGAUGCUGUGAAGCAGCACGUGGAGGAUAAAGUGGGAAGAGUAAUUCAGAAGCAUAGCUACCUAGUCAGGGAAGUUGAUGUCAGGUUAUCUACUCGCGGAGGAGGAGAGUUUGGCCGUGGACCUAGAACGCGUAGAUGUGAGGUGACUUUGUAUACAAAGAGACAUGGGGUGGUGCGGGCUGAGGAGCAUGCAGAAACUACCUAUGGGAGUAUAGAUUUGGUGUCCUCGAUCAUUCAGAGAAAGUUGAGAAAGAUCAAGGAAAAAGAGACUGAUCAUGGUCGCCACAUGAAGGGACCCAAUAGGUUGAAAUUUAGUGAGGUCAUAUUGCCACUACCCUCGGAGGAUGAGGAGGAUGAAAUUGAAAUCACCCCACAGAAGGAUGACGAAGAAGAACUUAUUGAAGAGGUUGUUCGGACAAAAUACUUCGACAUGCCUCCCUUAACCGUGUUUGAAGCAAUUGACCAACUGGAAAUGGUUGAUCAUGACUUCUAUGCUUUUCGAAAUGAAGAAACUGGGGAGAUUAAUAUUGUAUACAAAAGAAAAGAAGGAGGUUAUGGACUCAUUAUACCCAAAGGAAACGGUGAAGUAGAUAAAUUGGAGCCUAUAGUGCUUGAACCGGCUAAAGAACCCUCUCUGCAAGAAUGAAGGCAUUCCACGAGAAACUCAUUUUAGUAAGACCACAAGAGCUUGUACAUGAUUAGAGGAUAAUAUUCAUAAUAAUCGCAACUUCUUUAGAGCCAGUAGUGCUAGAAAAUACAUAUGGAGACUCUGGUAUUUCAAGUGCAAAAAGUUUUUAAAGUAGAAGGAUGAUGUACACUUGAAUAACAAGUGAUUGUAAAAUGAAAGAGAUGCACUGCUGAGUGUGCUGCACAUAACUUCCACGUUACAUAUUUUCCUCUAACAAUGUCAUCUGCUUUCUUUCAUCA